AUUCAAGGUUGAGAUAAAGGUUGGGAACUUUGGUAAGUCUCUGUACCUAUUUUAUUUAUCAAGAGUUACGGAAUGAUCUCGGUAAUAUACAGUAUGGCAUCGUCUUAGCUGUGCCAUUAUUGACAUCAGAAUAGUAUCAACAAUGUAAUUUUGUCCGGCAUCUCUGGAGCAUCACCCGCGCAUUAAUAGCAGAUUAGAUCUGAUUAGUACCAUUGAAGUCCAUUUUAGUAUAGAAGGAUUGUUGAUUUCACAUUUGCUUCGAUCACCUUUCAGUUUCCAUCGAGUCUUGAAGCAAUGUAAUCUAGCAGUUCUUUGAGACUAGAUGAUCUUAGCUUUUUUUUCAACCUAAUAAAGAAAACAUCUCAUGUUCUCUAUCAAAGCUUCCAAGUUAGAAAGAUUUCUGGCUAUAUGUAUCUUGUAGUUUUUUCUCUAUGCCAAGUUCAGAAAGUGUGAAUUCCAACACAUUUUGACUAAUCAGAUUUCAGCAAGUCGAUUUGAAUAGGUAAAUCGUCAAGUGAUUUUCAUACCUCCAACCAGCCUUCAAUCAUAUUACUAUCAAGCAACUAAUAUUUUCAUUAUUCAGUUUCAGAAGGAUUUUGUUCCUAGUUGAAUCACUGUAAUUUGUGUGUUGAGAAACAUACCGACAAAAGCUACUCAGGAUCUAUCAUGAAUAUGGAUUAUUCUUAGUUACGACAACAUUAUAUCUAGCCACUAGUCAUAUGGGUUGAUUUACUCAAGAUAAUACUCUUGUAUUUGACUCGGCAUUUGUUUUUAAAGUACCUUUAAACCACUGAGUGCUUGUACUCAGUAUGUUGGGAUUGUACAUCUUGUUUCUUAACGGUAAUAUUCGAUAGUUUCAUUUUAAGGUUAUUACAUAGACUUACAAGCAACUGAUGUUCGUUACCCAUAAUUUCUUGGACCUGAUCCUCUGUGAACGAUUUUUCCUUGUUCUGCACAAGGCAUAUCAGCAGCUCUGGUUGUUAUUCGUGAUAAGCAGUGUUUGUGGUGUAUAGCUACUUAGUAAACGGGAAAGUAACUUAUUAUUAAUACAUGACUAAUUAAUCCCUGGUUAGAUUUCACUUUCCUAAUUAUUUGUAUUACUACGUAUCUUCAUUCACUAAGUUACCAGUUACGCAGACUUGUUGAAGUUGUGGGUUAGUAAAAUGUAUUACAACUUCAGAAAAAUCAACUCGCUGAAGUUUGUUUCAGUAUAUACACUGUGCUACGUUGUUUCCAACUUUAUCCCUGUAGGAAACUUUUGACUUUGGGCAUCUGAUAUCGGUGUUAUCAAAACAGUGAACUAUAAAUUUCUGUUGAAAUUAUAAAAACUGACUGAUUCAUCACAUUGUAUGUAAAAUGGGAUAACUUUCCCACAAUAGACCCAUGAAGAGCAGACGUUCAGAAAAUAUGGGUCUAAGACUUGCUUGUUUUGAUUAAUUGUCAACCCUACACCAAUUGAUGGAACACAGAUACCGUAAAAAAGUAUUUAGAAUAAAUUUUCCUACCAAAAUUGAAAUUUUUGUUCCAGUAUUGGUGUACAUCAAUAUUCAAUAUGACUACAUAGAGUAGUCCUACGAGACUUAAAUCAUAUGGCCUUAGGUACAAACCUCGCCCCACUGAAUUCAAGUUAAUCAGACGGUUAGUAUCACUAACCUUCACAGGAACUCACCUUCUCUUGGGUGAAAAUCAACUUGUUGAAUGACUUACGUUGAAUUACUAUUUAGCUAAGCUCAUCAACCACUUUAAUCAUCCAGAGUCACGGUUGGAUAGUUCAACAAAAUCUUGACAUGGUUAAAAAUACUCAUUCGGAUUUCGCCAACCCAUGUCUAUCGUCACCCAAACAAAUUAUCCGUCUACUUAUCAACUAAAGAGUAUGCUGCGUGGCAGUGCACCAAGUAUUUAUAGCUAUAAAACAUGGUUUAAGGAGAUAUAUAACUUCGAUAUAUCCCUAGUAUUGUAUUACAGUUACCUUCGAAUCAUUUCUCAUGUAUGGUGAAGCCAUCAAGUCACUAGCGUAAAGCUACGAAUAUAGUAACCUAUGGUUCAAAUGAGGCUGUGGAUAGCUAUGCCAGGAGAAGGUCAAUUUGUGAAGCCGUCGAAUGUUGGUCUGGGUUCUGUCGAGACACAUCUUGCUUUAUUUGGGUAUUCUAGAUAGUCGUAAUCUGAUGCUAACGAGUUUGGAUGAUGUGGCUCAAAGUUGAUUAGGCUAUGACGAAUUUAUAUAUGCUAACUAUUGAGCUUAGUAUUAUUCCAUACUUUUCAUAAGUUCCUUUUUACUCUCCAAUCUUAGUUUCUACUAUUUGAUAACUUUACUGAAACUCCUUAGUCUUUCACCUUGUCAAUUCUAUCUUGUUAUUCUGUCAGCUUGGAGUGAUGCACAUUUAUUUCGUCCUAUGUUGUUUACGACCGACGGGCCUUUUUGCAGUAUGCCAGACAAAACCAAUUCAUAACAUCUUUGUAGCAACGAAACGUUUUGCUCUUUAUUUACAUUAGAUUAUCUUGUUUUUCUUAUGAUUUGUUCAACUGGAAUCAGUCCUGUUUAUCGUCUUUAGAACAGAUUACACAAUCUUGAGGUGAAACUUUCCCUCUGUGUUAAUAUAAACAGGAACUACGUAAGACAUUUUUGACGUUCCAUUUUUAUGAGCUGAAUGGUUCGACGUAUAGCAGCACGCUGAAAACAACCCUAAAUCUAAGUCCUUAACUCAAAUGAAUCCUAAUCCUGUAUUGCUCUGAUUGUCAGACAUUAUUCCAGACUCGACUAAUGACCAUCUCAAAGGAAUUCUCUGCUUCACUUUAAUACUUUAUUACAUAUUUUGAGUUGGACUGUUACACAGCUCACAAGUUGUACUUAUCCAUUAGUUAUUGUUGAUUUAUCAGCCAGUUUUAGGUGUAUAGGAAACAAACCCAAGAAUCUCUAUAAAAUGAUGUCCCUGAGUGUUGAUCAUAUAUCAUCUUGCUACCUUCAAUUUUGGUUGUCAGCAGAUGAGAUGACUCGUGUUUAGCGAAGCCAGUGGUUGUACUUUCCUUAGAAAGUGGUAAGAGAUGACAAUAGGUCAGAGGCAAAGUUCCGGUGAUUCUCACUUUGCAAUAACAUUUCGUGAACAUUAGUAUGUGGAUUUGGUCCUGUCUCGAAGGUUGCACUAAUAUUCUAGCUUAUAAAUAUUACUAUAAACCCAAUUUGGUGAUGAUAGGUUUGUAAAUUCACCACUAAAAUCCUGUAAAAAUAGUUCAUGUUGCCUUACGUUGAAAAUCUUUUUUCGUGUUAUUGUUUGUUCUCACAGAGAUGGAGAUCCAGGCAAUCCACCAAAAUUUACACUGGGAACCUAAUAACCUACAGAAUGCCAAUUAUACUUCGGAUGAGGAUGAAUUCGAAAGUGGAAACAGUACAGCAAAACUGUACGAACGAUCGCGUAUUAAAGCACUUGCAGACGAACGUGAGGUUGUUCAGAAAAAGACAUUCACAAAAUGGGUAAACUCCCACCUUUCGGUUGUGUCUUGCAACAUCGAAGAUCUAUACCUAGAUCUAAGGGACGGGAAAAUGCUCCUAAAACUCUUAGAGAUAUUAUCUGGUGAACGUCUUCCUCGACCCACAAGGGGAAAAAUGCGAAUCCAUUGUUUAGAGAAUGUUGACAAGUCCUUAAAUUUCCUGUGUGAUCAGCAUGUUCACCUAGAAAAUGUGGGUGCUCACGAUAUCGUAGACGGAAAUUCACGACUAACACUUGGACUUAUUUGGACAAUUAUUUUGCGUUUCCAAAUCCAAGAUAUAAUUGUUGAAGAAUAUCAGACAAGUGAAACCCGAUGCGCUAAAGACGCUUUGUUAUUGUGGUGCCAAAUGAAAACUGCAGGUUAUCCCAAUGUGAAUGUUCGGAACUUUACGACAAGUUGGCGUGAUGGUUUAGCUUUUAAUGCUUUAAUUCAUAAACACCGACCUGAUCUAAUUGAAUACUCCAAACUGUCUAAAUCAGAACCAAUUAAAAACCUGACUACUGCCUUCAGUGUUGCCGAAGAAAAAUUAAAUCUUCAUCCUCUUUUAGAACCAUCUGACGUGGCUGUUGAACAACCAGAUGAAAAGUCUAUUAUUACCUAUGUUGUUACAUAUUACCACUACUUUAACAAAAUGAAAGCUGAUACUGUACAUUCGAAAAGGAUUGGUAAGGUCGUCAACCAGGCCAUUGAAACUGAUGACAUGAUCAAUCAAUAUGAACAAUUAACUUCUGAUCUUCUUGACUGGAUAAAGAAAACCAUAAAACUUUUAGACGACCGUACAUUCGCCAAUUCACUUUCGGGUGUUCAACACCAGUUAGCUGGCUUCAACACUUACCGAACCGUCGAAAAACCUCCCAAGUUCAGAGAAAAAGGGGGUCUUGAAGUUUUACUUUUCACUAUUCGCAGUAAAAUGCGUGCCAACAAUCAAAGACAAUAUAAUCCACCCGAAGGAAAGAUGAUAGCAGAUAUAAAUCGUGCCUGGGAAAUGCUUGAAAGAGCUGAACAUGCACGGGAAUUAGCUGUACGAGAUGAACUUAUACGUCAGGAGAAGUUGGAACAACUUGCCUCUCGUUUCGACCGUAAAGCUGGAAUGCGAGAAACUUGGCUUACAGAUAAUCAACGACUUGUUUUACAAGAGUUCUUUGGUGAUAACCUUGCUGCUGUUGAAGCUGCAACAAAGAAGCAUGAGGCCAUAGAAACAGAUAUAUAUGCAUAUGAAGAGCGUGUAAAUGCUAUGGUCAAUGUUGCAGAGGAGCUGAAGAGAGAAAAUUAUCAUGCUCAUGAAAAUAUCCAGUUGCGGAGGGAUAAAGUACUUGCUAUGUGGCGUAAUCUAUUGGACUCACUUAGCAUUAGACGCCAGCAUCUAGAACUAAGUUUACAGUUACAACAUAUCUUCCAAGAAAUGACCUAUUUGAUGGAUUGGAUCGAAGAAAUAAAGAGCCGUCUUAAGUCGCAGGAUUAUGGUAAACAUUUGAUGGGUGUUGAGGACCUCUUGCAAAAGCAUAAUUUAUUGGAAGCUGACAUUCGUGUCCUCGGCGGUAGAAUGAAUCAGGUUGUUGACCAGGCCACCCCAUUUAUUGUUGGGUCAUUUACGCCGGAUAUGGGUGCAUACAAACCAAUUGAACCCGAAAUAGUUCAGGAGCGUACUGAAAAAUUACGUGCGGCGUAUGAUGAUUUACAUGACUUGGCGGAGGCUCGUCUUCGUGGUCUACGGGAUUCACGGGAAAUGUGGCAAUUUUUCUGGGAUAUGGAGGAUGAAAAGGAAUGGAUCAAAGAAAAAAGCCAGCUUAUGUCCAGUCCAGACUUGGGUCAUGAUCUAAGUUCAGUAAGUCGACUUUUACGUAAACAUAAAGCUCUUGAAGAAGAGUGUCAAAUGCAUCGAGCUGUUUUAGAAGAUGCAUUGAAGCAUGGUGAACAACUUAUUACUGAUGGAAAUCAAGGUGGUGAGCAAAUAUCCCAGCGUAUCGUUGAAAUGAAUCAAUUAUGGGGUCAAUUAGUUGACUUGAUAACAGAGCGUAAACAACGCCUAAUUGAGUCACAGGAUUUCUUCCAAUUAAUGGCAGACUGUGAUGAUGCAGAUGUAUGGUUGACUGACCAACAACGCAUUGUUAGCAACGAAGAUGUAGGUCUUAAACAAGCCACAACAGUGUCUUUACUGAAAAACAACCAGGAAGUUAUGGAUAAUCUUCAAAACUACCAAGAAACAAUAUCUCAACUAAAUCAAGAUGCAUCACGAGUUUCUGAUUAUCCAGACAGUGAUGCCACAGCUAUAGCACAUCGUUUAGAUGCGGUCGAUCAACAUUAUGCUUUAGUAAAAGAAUUAUGUAGAUUACGGCAUAAACGUUUAAAUGAUGCUCUUUCGAUGUAUAAACUAUUUGAUGACUCAGAUACCGUACGUACAUGGAUAACUGAAAAAGAAAAACUUUUAACGACGUUAGUUCCAAGUGACGAAAUUGAAGAAUUGGAGGUUAUUCGACAUCGGUUCGAAUGUUUCGAAAAAGAAAUGGCUGGAAACGCCAAAAAGGUUGGUAGUGUAAAUCUACUUUCAGAAGAAAUGUUAGAUAAAGCUCAUCCAGACGCUGAAAAGAUAUUAAGACAUCAAGAUGAACUCAACGCAUCAUGGAAUGAGUUAGCCGACCUUGUUGACAAACAAAAAAGACAAUUAGAUUUAUCUUACCAGUAUAAUCAAUUUUUAAUCGAAAGUUCAGAAACAGCGAAUUGGAUAAAAGAUAAAGCAAAGUUAAUCGAAUCAACCGAUGAGCUAGAUAAUAACUUGGAGGGUAUUAUGCAGCUUCAGCGUAGACUUGGUGGAUUACAACGCGAUUUAAAUGCUAUUGAGGCUAAGGUUAAGCACUUGGAUGAACAAGCCCAAGAACUUACUGAAGCAAAACCAGAAACUCAAGCUGUUGUUAUAGCUGAAAAAGAGAAGAUUCAUGACUUAUGGAAUGAACUGAAAGAGAUCGUAAAAGAAAGAGAUGAUCGACUUAAUGAUUCAAGCGAAUUGCAACGUUUCUUACAAGAUUUAGAUCAUUUCCAAAUCUGGCUUCGUCGCACACAAAUCACUGUAGCUUCUGAAGAGGUUCCAAAUAAUUUAGAGGAGGCGGAGACCCUUUUAGACCAACAUGAACAAUUAAAAGCUGAAAUCGAUGGAUAUGAAAAUGACUUUCAUCGGCUUAUGGAUUUCGGCAGACGUGUGACUGAAGUUCAGACAGAUGCCCAAUACAUGUUUUUGGCCCAGAGGUUAGACGGUAUCGAAGAAAAUUGGGAAGCUUUACGAAGAAUGUACGAAAACCGCACCGCAGCAUUACAAGAAGGUGUCGAAGCCCAAACAUUCUUUAGAGAUGCUUUACAGGCGGAGGUCCUUCUAGCAAAAAUGGAGAAGGUUGUUUCCAAGGAAGAAGCUCCUAUCAAUUUGGAGAUGGCACAAGAAAAUCUUCGUAAUUUUGAAACCUUCCGAACGUCAUUGGUGCCAACCGAUGAAAAGAUUGACAAUGUGUUGAAUGAUGGUGCGAAAUUGGUUGGUCGUGGAAUUUUCCCUACUGAAAAGAUUCAAAAUAAAUGUGAACAACUCAAACAGCGACGAGACUCUCUAAAGAGGCGAGCAGAUGAACAUGGUCAAAAACUCAAAGAACAGUUACAUCUACAAGAAUUUUGUCAGGACGUUGACGAUGCUGAAGAAUGGCUUGCUGAGAAAGCUAUGGCUAUUACAGAGCAACCGGCACCUAUUGCUCGAAGCAUUGCUGCAUUAUAUGGACGAUUUAAGGCGUUUGAAGGCGAACUUGAUGCCAACAAGGAGAAAAUUGCCAAAGUUAUUGAAGAGGGAGAAGAGCUUAUUGUAGCCCAUCCUAUGCUUCAAGUCCAAGUCGAACCGAAAAUAUCUGCCUUACGUAAGCAGUGGGAAGACCUUAACACCACUACAGCUGAUAAGAGCGCGAAAAUGGCAGAUGCUAACAGAGAAACAUUAUUUGAUGAAACUGCUAAGUCUAUGCUUACAUGGAUUACUGAAGUUAGCUCACAAAUAGUUACUACUACAGAAGAAGUUACUGAAGAAAUCGGUCUCGUUGAAAUCAAUGAACAUCUCAAAGAUCAAGAACGCAAGGAUCAAGAAUUGGCUGCCAAACGCCGAAUGCUUCAAGAUAUGGCGACUCAUGCAGAAAAACUCAAAGAACAAUAUCCUGAACGUCGUGAAGAGUUUGAACAAGUUCACCAGGAAGUGCGUAUUCGUCUUACUGAAUUAGAAGCUCCUCUAGCUGAUCGCCGUGAUCGCCUUGUUAAACAAAAGAGAGUUCGUCAAUUCUUACGAGAUAUUGAAGACGAGAAGGACUGGAUUAAAGAAAAGUUGGCACUUAUUGAAGACUCAUGCAAGCUUGGAAGUUCAUUACUUGCCACACAACAACUUAUAAGACGUCAUCGCAUGCUGUCUAACGAAGUAGAUAAUCACCGUCCACGUAUUGAUGCUGUUUGUCACGAAGGCGAACAAAUGAUACUUGAAGGUCAUCCACGAAGCGAUCGAUUCCGUGAAGCCAUAGAUGAAUUAUGGGUGUUAUGGGAACAAUUACAACAUGUAGUAGGAGAAAGACAAGAACAAUUAACACGAAACGAAAUUGCACAGCAGUAUCUAUUCGAUGCAAGCGAAGCUGAAGCUUGGAUGGGAGAGCAAGAACUUUACUUAAUGGGUGAUGAACGUGCAAAGGAUGAACAAGGCGCUAAUAACGCAAUUAAAAAGCAUGAACAACUACAAAAAACUGUAGAGAACUAUGCCACAGAAAUCCGUGGAUUAGGUGAACGAUGCCAGGCUUUAUUGGAAGCCAAUCAUCCUGAGUCUGAAGCUGUUGUCGCUAAACAGGCACGCAUUGACAAGAUGUAUGCGGGUUUACGUGACCUAUGUAGUGAACGCCGGGCAAGGCUUGAUGAGAUUCUGAAGUUGUAUCAUCUCUUACGAGAUAUUUUAGAUCUUGAGGCUUGGAUUGCAGAACGUAUCUUGGUAGCAAGUAGUCAUGAAGUUGGUGCAGAUUAUGAACAUUGUUGUUUACUUCGAGAACGUUUCGCCGAAUUUUCUCGUGAAACAAAUGAACUUGGAAAAUAUCGUAUUAGUGCAGCGAAUGAAUUAUGUAACGCUCUUAUUGGUCAGGGUCACAGCGAAGCUGCUGAAAUCGCCAGUUGGAAGGAUCGAAUUAAUGAAGCGUGGGCUGAUCUACUGGAGCUCAUUGAUACACGUAUUCAACUUUUGAAAACUGCAUGGGAUCUACAUAAAUUUUUGGCAGAUUGCCAAGAUGUUCUCGAUCGUAUUGUCGACAAAGUCAGCAGUAUUCCAGAAGAAGUUGGACGUGAUGCUAAAGCUGUCGCUGCACUUCAACGCAAACACAAUACAUUUGAAUGUGAACUGGCACGUCUUGGAUCACGAGUGGAAGGGAUCGUAGAAGCGGCUAAUAGCUUACUACCGUCUUACGCCGCAGAUAAAGAGCGUCUUAUAUGUGACCGCCGGGACGAAGUUAUUCAUGCAUGGCGACAACUACAAUGUGCUGCGGAACAACGUAAAGCACGCUUACAUGAUGCUUCUGAUGUCCAUCGUUUCUUCUCUAUGGUACGUGAACUUCGUUUGUGGAUGGAUACUAUUCGUAUGGAGAUGACUACUAAAGAAAAGCCAAGGGAUGUAUCCGGAGUUGAAUUGCUGAUGAAUAGUCAUCGUAGCCUAAUGGCUGAAAUAGAUGCUCGAGAGGAAAACUUCAGCAUUUGCCUAAGUUUAGGUCGAACUCUUCUAAAUCGUCGACAUCCUCAAGAAGAAGAAGUCAGAAAAAAAUGCAUUCAGCUGGUAACUGAAAAAAUUUUGCUGAAUGACCAAUGGGCAGAGCGAUGGGAAACGUUAAGUCUUCUUAUGGAGGUAUAUGAGUUUGCUCGGGACGCUGAGAUAGCAGAUACUUGGCUUACGUCACAAGAAGCUUAUCUUAAUAACACUGAUUUGGGUGAAACGUUAGAUGAAACCUUAGCAUUGUUGAAAAAACAUUUUGCAUUUGAACGUGCAGCCGCUACACAAGAAGAACGUUUCCGAGAGUUAGAGAAACUUACAACUCUUGAAUUGAAAGCACGUGAAAGAACUCCAGAAACCGAGGCUGCCAGGCAAUUGGAAAAAGAAAGGAAAAUAGCUGAAGCUGUUAGAGAAUUUCAGCCACCUCCACCUCCUGUGUCCGUACCUGUACAAACGCCGGUUUCAGAGGCUGAUAGGCGGGCUGUGGAUAUCAGAGAUGCUGAACAAGGUAGUACUCGUCUUCCAACGGUAACCACCCCAAGACAUGAACGUGGAAGUUCUGAUGUUGGUAAACCUGUUCCUCGUGACUUUGAAGGUGUUUUAACACGUAAACAUGAAUGGGAAACAGGCACAAAGAAAGCUUCUUCUCGCUCUUGGCAUGAGUUGUAUUUUGUCCUCUCUGCAACGUCUUUCACACUUUCUGCCUAUAAAGAGCAAAAACAUGCCAAAGAAAGACCUGGGGAUUUAUAUCGGCAUGAACUCCCUGUUAAUUUAGUGGGCGCUUCCGCUGCGCCUGCGUACAACUACGCCAAACGCUCUUUUGUAUUCCGUCUCAAACUUUCGAACGGAGGUGAAUCUCUAUUUCAAGCACAUUCUGAAAAACAUAUGCAUAGCUGGGUUCAAGCUAUUAAUGCAGUGGCAUCAAGUGCAAGUGGGCAACCAAUGGAGUCUUCUUCAUCUGCUGGGGGACGAGCUGCCACGUUACCUUCUGGAGUUGCUCCUGAGUCUCAAGUAGCUAGUAGCUCUUCUGCUCCCGGGAAGAAAAAGUUUUUCACUUUAGGUCGUAAAAAGUAGUUGAUCUUUUAUUGAAUGUGCUUGUGAUACUUUUGUUGAGGUAGUAAAAAUAACUUGUGACUAUCCCUUGUCACUCACUCACUAUUGUAGCUUCUUAAUAUAGGCUCACAAAGUGCACAAGCAAUUAACUUGUCCGUGUUUUCUUUUCGCUUUAAAUAAACGCGCGCGCGCAUUUUCGUAUGAUUUUUAAACAUCCGCCUCGUUUUUUAAGUCUCUUGGUUUCGGAAGUUUUUUUUUAUAAAUAUGUAAGCGCGUUUAUUUUACCUCCGGUUCGAAGGCCAACACAUACAUACACAUAUAACUUCUUUAAUUAAUCACCACGUUGUUGCUGAUACUGUUGCUUUUUAAAAAAAAAUCGGAAGCAUAAAUUAUUCUUGAGAUAUUUUAAUAAUAAUCCUCAGUUUUAGGAUGUUAUUAUUGUUAUUAUCGCUAUAGUUAUUCUAUUUUAUUUUUUGUAAAGUUAUUCAAAUAAUCACUAAGUUAGUUUAUUCAUGUAUUUGUUCGUUUCUCUGUUUGUUUGUUUCUGAUUCAUUUUUAUUCCAUCACUUCAAGCUUACAACAUUAUACAUACAUACGAUGAUACAUUUACAUUGAUUACGAAAAACAAAGUAAUGAUAAUAAGCAGCCAACUUGUUAAUUUCCCAAUAAAUAACAAUACAUGUGCAUUUUCGCUUUUUUCUGUUGUUAUAUUUCACCCUUUUCUAAUAAUGAACUGCUUUAAAGAAAUUAUGAUUUCGGUUAGUUUGGUUUUAAUUUUUUUUUUGUGUAUUUGUUCGCUUGUUCGUCUAAAAGUAACAACUAUUGAUCAAAUUAUGAAUUAGUACUACUCAUCGUAAUAAUCAAUUAAGUCACUAAUAGUCUACAUGUUUCCAAGUGGUCUUUUUCUCUUUAUUCCUCUUCACUGCUUUUUGGGGACUUGGAAAAAAGAUUGAUGGUAGCCUUUCAUUAUCGUUUAUAAUAAUUAACUCUCUGCAUGUUAACAAUAUAUUGAUAUAUAUAUAAAAUACUGUCGACUCUACCAAUAAUUAAGAAAAUAACAAGUAUGAAAGCUCGUUCCUAUAUAAUAAUGAUAAUAAUAAUAAUAAUAA